GGACUUCUCCUGAGGUGCCCACUGGUUGGGCUGAGCAGAGGCUUGCUGUGUACCUGCCUAAGGAGCUGCUGCUUUAUGUGCUUUCUGCAAGAUUUCAUAGGUGUCCAAGCUUUUUUUUUUUAAGUGUUCAAGCUUUUUUUUGCCUUCCUUGGUGUACGUGAUGUCUAACAUCUAUAGGAAGAGACAAGACGCUGCCCGGUUUAUCUUUUCUUUCCCACUACCCGAUUGUUUUAACUGACAAUAACUUUUCUCAAGUUGUGUCUGUUUUACCUAUGGCAGUAAUUAGGAGACCUCCCCAUCUUUGUCCUGACCUGUGAGUGUUCUUGCUUCCAUUCUUCCUGUCUUCUCCCCCUGUCCCACUGGCAAGGGGUUUGGCUCUAAGUCAGAGCUAACCCACUGCUUUCUGGUACAUCUGAGAAAUCCCAGGAUGGCUGCAAAGCACCAUGGAGUAGGCAGCUCCGUUCAGCUACUCACACAAGUCACUGUGGCUCCUUCAUGAAGCUGUCACCAGAGACUUUCAUUUUGUACCCCUGAAAUGGAAGUGAAGUCUAGGAAGUAGCUGAAGAGGUGAUGAAGACUCAGCGAUGAUGUCAACUUUGCUGAAUUCUCUGAUCCCAGCACUGAGAAGCAUGGAAAUAUGUUUAAGGGACAGCCAUCAUAGAGCUGUAGAAUCAGCCAAAGGAAAAUAUGCUCACAUGCUGUUCAAUGAACUGUUUGAAGACUAUUCCAAUGCUCUACGACCAGUGGAAGACACAGAUAAAGUGCUGAAUGUUACCCUUCAGAUAACAUUGUCCCAAAUUAAAGAUAUGGAUGAAAGGAACCAAAUUUUGACAGCUUACUUAUGGAUUCGACAAAGCUGGUAUGAUGCGUACCUCAAAUGGGACAAGGAUAAAUAUGAUGGGUUGGAUUCUAUCAGGAUUCCAAGCAAUUUGGUCUGGAGACCAGAUAUUGUCCUAUAUAACAAGGCAGAUGAUGACUUUUCAGAACCAGUGAAUACUAAUGUUGUGUUGAGAUAUGAUGGAAAAAUUACUUGGGAUGCGCCUGCUAUCACAAAGAGCUCAUGUGUAGUGGAUGUAUCUUAUUUUCCUUUUGACAGCCAGCAGUGCAACCUUACGUUUGGUUCCUGGACCUAUAAUGGUAAUCAGGUAGACAUCAUCAAUUCUCUUGAUAGUGGUGACCUUUCUGACUUCGUAGAAGAUGUGGAAUGGGAGAUUCAUGGCAUGCCAGCGGUUAAGAAUGUAAUCACUUACGGCUGCUGCUCUGAGCCUUAUCCAGAUGUAACAUUCACACUGAUUUUGAAAAGGAAGUCUUCUUUCUACAUAUUUAACCUUUUGCUUCCUUGCAUUUUGAUCUCUUUCCUCGCCCCACUGGGAUUCUAUCUCCCUGCAGACUCUGGAGAAAAAGUGUCUCUAGGUGUUACGGUUCUUCUUGCCCUGACCGUGUUCCAGCUUAUGGUUGCAGAGAUCAUGCCUCCCUCUGAAAACGUACCUUUAAUAGGCAAGUAUUACAUAGCAACUAUGACCAUGAUCACAGCUUCCACUGCGCUGACGAUCAUUAUCAUGAACGUCCAUCACUGUGGCUCAGAAGCGAAGCCUGUUCCACAAUGGGCCAGGGUGGUUAUCUUGGACUACAUGUCAAAAAUCUUUUUUGUGUAUGAUGUGGGUGAAAACUGUACAAGUCCGCAAAGAGAGAAGGAGCAAGAACAUAAGUUAGAGGGGGAUGAUGUGUGUCCGGGGGGAGACAAAGAGGUAAGGAGUCAACUUUCCAAUAGAAAUGAUGACAGUGAUCUCAAGGAGAAGCUGAAUGGAAAUUUGAAUAAAAGCUGUGGAGUUCAUGGUGAAGACGGUAGGGAGAAUGUUAACUGCUGUUCCUGUUACAAAAUGCUGAUAAAGAAUAUCGAGUACAUUGCUAACUGUGUUCGAGACCAUAAAGCAAACCGGGCCAAAGGGAUUGAGUGGAAAAAAGUAGCAAAAGUGAUGGACAGGUUUUUCAUGUGGAUUUUUUUUAUCAUGGUGUUUUUCAUGAGUGUGCUGAUCAUUGGGAAAGCAGCUUAACUGCAGAUGAACACAUUCAUUUUGUAGGUAUGAAUGUACUGGGUUAGCUCGUUUCAGUGGAGCUGUGGGGUAGGUGUGCUUCUGAGAUCUUUGUGUCUUCUGUUCUGUAACAAUAAACCAGCUCAGUAGGCUGCAACGGCAUGUUGAGACAUUGCUCAGCGGAUGGCUUUAUUAGUGGCUUUCAUUGCAUUUUAAUAUGGGAGUGCAGCCCCGAUGAGGCUGCUGGAUGAGCAGUCUGUGCUCCGUCUUAAUGAACGGUGGCCACGACUGCAGGCUGAUCGGGGGAGCAAUGCAGUGAUGGAGCCGACAGCCUAGCAGGGAGCACUCUAUUCAGAGGGCUGCACCUUGUAACUUGGCUGGCCUUUUCUCUCUGCCAGAACAAAAGUGGGGUAUUUGUGAGAUUGUGACAGUUCCUGGAAUUUACUGCUUCAUGGCACUGCCCUUUUUUCCUUUUUUAGCUUGCCUAAGUUAGCUUAUUUUGUUAAGGGCUUUUUCUGGUUACUGUUCAUGUCUGCUCAUAGGCUCCACCUGCCUCUAUCUUGCUCUCUGGUGUGCCUUUCACUUCUGCUACCACUGAGUAUACCACUAAAUAUGACUGUACCUUGAUUUUCCUUUUAAUCAUUUCCUGCUGCUAAAUAUUGCUCCAUUGUUACUACAGGCACAGUAAGCCAGAAUGACAGGACUUUUUCCUCACCAAGUCACAGGGCCUCUCCUCCUUUCUCUUCCUUCUGAUUCUAACAGUAGGAAGGGCUUCUCAUCCUCCCUAGAUAUUUCAUUGCUCUGGACAUUUGUUCAAAAUGGGCCUUUAAAUGUCACUUGUGAGGCUGUUAAAAUAGGCUGUGAGUGUCUAGUCUCUGCUCAUUGUAUUGAUCUUGACUAAUGCUCACCCCAUGUGUCUGUUAUCUGGUUUUGAAUCACUAAGGUCAGAAGGGACCUCUGGAGACCAUCUAGUCCACCCCCCGUGCUCAAGCAGGGUCACCUAGAGCAUGUUGCACAGGAUCACGUCCAGGUGGGUUUUUUAAUAUCUCCAGGGGAGCAGACUCCACAAUCUCUCUGAGCAACCCCUUCCAGUGUUCUGUCACUCUCACAGUAGAGAAGUGUUUCCCCAUAUUCAGGUGGACCUUCCUGUGUUUCAGUUUGUGCCUGUUGCUUACCUCUGGGCACCACCAAAGAGCCUGGCCCCAUCAUCUUGACACCCUUCCCUAAGAAAUUUAUAUGCAUUGAUGAGAUCCCCUCUCAGUCUUCUCUUCUCCAGGCUAAUGAGGCCCAGUUUUCUCAGCCUUUCCUCAUAUGAGAGAUGCUUCAGUCCCCUAAUCAUCUUCACAGCCCUCUGCUGGACUGUCUCCAGAAGCUCCAUGUCCCUCUUGUACUGGGGAACCCAGAACUGGACACAAUACUCCAGGUGUGGCCUCCCCAGGCCUGUGCAGAGUGGGAGGAUCACCUCUCAACCUGCUGGCAACACUUUUCCUAAUGUACCCCAGGAUACCAUUGGCCUUCUUGGCCACAAGGGGACAUUGCUGUCUCAUGGUUUACCCGCUGUCCACCAGGACUCCCAGUUUUUUUCCUGCAGAGCUGCUUUCCAGCAGGUCAUCCCCCAACCUGUACUAGUGCGUGGGGUUAUUCCUCUCAGGUGCAGGACCCUGCACUAGCUUUUGUUGAACCUCAGGAGGAUCCUCUCUGCCAAACUCUCCAGCCUGGCCAGGUCCCUCUGAAUAGCAAUGCAGCAUUGUGGUGAAUCAGCCACUCUUCCUGCUUUUGUAUCAGCAGCAAACAUGCUGAGAGUGCAUCCUUGUCCGUUCAUCUGGUUCACUGGUGGGUAAGUUGGAUAGGACCGGACCCAGCACAGACCCCUGGGGGACACAGCUACAGGCCUCCAGCUAGACUGUGGACACUCUCACACAACCCUCUGAGCUCUGCCAUCCAGCCAGUUCUCAGUCCACCUCACUGUCUGCUCAUCUAAAUGUACUUAAAUUAUCAGCUGUCUAAAGGAAUGCCAAGGUUGCUUUGCGCAUUACUUAGCACAAAAGCAUGAUCUUACAGCACUAUCAUUAAAGUAGUGCCAUAAUCAACACGUUCCCUGUUCAACACCUUGCUGCUUAAGUGUACAUGAAUGUGUUUGCUGACAACACUAAAAAGCCCUCUCCUCUGUGUUAAUUUCUUUUAACUCCUCAGACAAAAGUUCCAGAAGAUGUCUCAUGGUAAAGUGAGAAGCUUAAAAGCCCAGGCAUGCCCUUGGCAGAUAAAUUGCUUUUACAAAGCAUCCUGAAUUUUGAAACCAUGAUAUUCUAGAUGCAGUGGGAGAGGCAGAAGGACACUGUAAUGGAUCCCAGUCAAAAGUUCAUGUGAUAAAAUGAGUUUUCGUAACUGUUGCAGUUAAUAGGAGCACACCUGUGAAGCUGUAACUUAAGAGUGAGGAGUCAAAAUGGCAAACCGAUGCAGUCGUCAUGCCCAAAUUUAUUGAAAGAGAGGGAUUUGUAGUUAUUAUUAUUAUGUAAAUGAUGCGUUGAAUUCUAAAUGCCAGGUUUUCUUUUGUGUGGAAUAAUUAAUGCUGUAAGCUUAUCUGGAUUCUCAUACAUAAUGCAAGCUUUAAAGUCCAGGUUCUAAUGUAAAGAUAAACUGGGUAGCUAGCCAAGAAUAAACUCAGUAUGUGGAAAAAGUCUCAAGUGUAUUCCCUAUAUAUUAUCAGCUUCCAGUCAACUGGGGUAACUUUGAAUAUCUGCUUUAGAAACCAAGCUGUUCAUUCUCCCUGUGCAGAAGAAUGGUUGCAGACAUUUGCCAUGGAGCUCAGGGUUUGACAUUUAUACUGCCUCGUUUAGGAAACUGAUUUGGUCUUUGUUGUGGAAAAAAGAUACUGUCCCCAAAGCCUGGGAAGUAAAGUAUUUAAAGAUAAAGGUAAGGUAUUCAGAAGAAAUGGCUAAGGGAGUGUUUGUCCAAGGCUUAUGGGUGGUAUAAAGAAAAUAGAGUUAUUGUUUGCUCUCUCUUCUACUUUAGGAACCAGGUGCAUCAAAUAUACUGCGAGGUAGUGGAUGGGACUGACUAUAUACUGUGUGAGAAGGCUGAGGAACUCCUUGCAACAGAAUCUGUGAAUGCUAAAAGAUUGUGUGGAUUUAAAGAGCUGGGGGAAAACGGAAGAAAAAUCUGUCAGGGUACAACUAAAUACAGUCACGAAGAGUUGAAAGCUAGAGCAGUGUUUUUAGGGAUUCAAUACUGCCUAUUCUUCUGUGCUCUUUAUCCCAUGUUUCAGGAAUUCAGGUGUUACGUUAUAAGCAUGUUUCAUCCCAUGGUUAACAAAGCUUUGCUCUGAUCCUGCCAGAAGUAUGGGAAAUAUCUCAGAGCUGUUUCUCAAGAAAUGCAGGAGUUUGGCAAGAACUCCUGAUUGUGCAGGUCUGUCCUCAUUUGAGAAACAGAAGACCUGUAAUUUGAUUGUGUAGGAGAUGGGAAGGGGAGAGCAUGGGGUGAGCAAAUUCCUUCAUUUCCAUUUAAAGCCAGGAAGAAUCCAUCUAUUCUCUCACUUUAAAAAUUUCUGUUACCUGUUGAAAAUAAUGUGGUGACUCUUGUUUUUGUUCUUAAAAUCUUCUCAUCAACAACAGGAUAUAAGACUGAAGGUGGCCUCUGUACUUUGUGUGCAACCACCUCUUUUGUACUUGCAGGCAGAGUGAAUAACUUAGAGACAGUUUAAAGGAGCAGAGCAAACUGAAUAUCUCUUUUCUCACCGACUGUGAAGUCCACUAAGAAGUAGUCAUUAUUUUUUGUAGAGAUAAAUCCAGUUCAAUUGAAGGAAUGAGAGAGAGGGAGAGUUUCUCCUUUGUGUUUUACAAAUUAAAAGUUCAUUGUGUCCAGAUCCCAUGCCUGUCAGUGUUCAACAGGCAUUUGGACAACGCCCUCAUGAAUCUGCUUUAGCUUUUGGUUAGCCCUGUGGUGGUUGGACUACAUGAUCUUUGAAGGUCCCUUCCAACUGUGCUAUAUUCUCUUUUAAGAUCUCCUUUCUGCGGAGUAGCAGUGAACAAUUCUGUUUAUACGUUGCUUGCAGUAAGGAAUAACUGAGAUAUCGACUGCCCCAGCUCAGGCUCUUUCUUGUCUGUUUCUUUCCAAAUACUUUACAGCAUUUAAUUCCUAGUCUCUUGUCCUUGGGCCACUGAUGAUCUGCAAGGCCAACAAUGAUACGCUGCAAUUGUUCCAUUAGCUUAAUGGAACUGUUUUAACCCAUCCUCCCAUUUGGCUACACUCAAGGAUUUGUGAGACUGAGCUCUAAAAGCUGUCCAGUUCAGUCAGUUGGGAACCAUUUGAUGGCAGUGGGCAGUGAACACUAAAUAAUAAAAUAUACCAAUACAUUUAAAAAAAGAUGAAGGCAUAUUAACUUACGUAUUACCUUCUGGGAGCUGUCAGGAGUACAGUGUGUUAAGUUCAGCUACCACAAAGGUGAGUGUCAAGCAGUGCAGCCUGCCUUCUGCUUACCUGGGCUGCAGGGACUGACCUCGCAGCAGGCUAGCGGUGUACUCAAUCAUAUAUUUUCUUGGUCAUGGGGGGUCUUGUGUUCAUUUGUCUGCCCACGACAGUGCUGCAUCUCCAGCUGAAGUUCCAGCUAUUGUGAUUGAGAAGACAAUCCAGGGAUACCUUUGCAACAGGACAAUAAUAUAAAUAUCCAAAUACAACUGUUGAGGGAGAUAACAGUUGAUGGGGAGCACAGCAGGGUGGAAAACAUCGUGGUUUAAUUCCAGAUGUACAGAACUGUUAUGCCUCUGUCUGUUCUUGGGCACUUCUUCAGAGUAGAAAGCAAAUCUAGUGAACAUCUGGAAAGAACAAAUCAAGAUAAAUGGCAGCUGCAGUUUUAAAGAGAAGAGUUUUUCAUUCUACUUCCUGAAAAUGUUUGUUUUAAAUGUGAUUCGGUUUAAAUGUGAUUCAGUACUUCUACCUUCUAAAUAACCUACCUAGAACUGUGUUGAGCUUUUUUUUUUUUUUUUCUGAGUAAUGCGUAUUGUCUGCUUUCUCUGCCAUUCUGAACGUUUAUUCUUUGCCAGGAUAUGUACCUUACAAUGUUAGCAUAUCUACUCACAUUUUUUUUUCUGUUACAAAAGAACUUGAAACAAUUUUUUCAAUGCUAUUAUUUUUAUUAAUCUUCACUGCAAAUUAUUUUAUCUAUGGUGUUGGGAGUUGCAUGGGGACUCUAUGCCAAAGACUGGCUUGUGUUCCCUUUGGUCUGUCACUACAUUGGUUUGUGUUAUUCUAAACGUAGUGACAGAGCUGGCAAAGGAAGAAGAGCAUUGGAGCAAAAAAUACAUAUAUAUUUUUAUUGCUUAAAUGUAACCCAUAUGAUUGUAGGCAGAGCUUCAGUGAAUAAAAUGAGUAAAUUAGGA